CCCAACAACUUAUUCGGGUCGAGGCCCCGAAGCAAAACCCCUUAUUUCAAACUGUAAAACAUACUGUCCGACCUCUUUUAGUCCCCGUCGGCGCCCUGAGAGCAGAGGAAAGAAUGCUCUGAUCCGAAACUCCUGCUCAUUUCAUUUUUUCUCAGCAAUGAACUGCUCAAUUUCCGGAGAGGUUCCGGAGGACCCAGUUGUCUCCCUUAAGUCUGGGCUUCUUUUCGAUAAGCGUUUAAUCGAACGGCACAUUUCGGAUUAUGGCAAAUGUCCAGUUACUGGAGAGCCUCUUACGAUGAAUGAUAUUGUUCCAGUCAAAACAGGAAAGAUAGUGAAGCCCCGACCUGUUCAGGCUGCAAGCAUUCCUGGGAUGUUGGGAAUGUUUCAGAUUGAAUGGGAUGCUCUGAUGCUAUCCAAUUUCGCACUGGAGAACCAAUUGCAUACUGCAAGACAGGAGUUAAGUCAUGCGUUAUAUCAGCAUGAUGCUGCAUGCCGUGUGAUUGCAAGGUUGAAAAAGGAAAGAGAUGAGGCAAGGUCAUUACUUGCACUGGCCGAAAGACAGAUACCCAACACAUCAGCUACAGACACUGCCACCGGCUCUUCCACUUUAAGCAACGGGAAAAGAGCUGCUGAAGAUAUGGAGAUAGAUCCCGGAGGAAAAAGAAUUUGUCCAGGGAUUUCAUCUGCAAUUAUUGAUGAGCUUUCAGAAUGUAAUACUACUCUUUCACAGCAAAGGAAAAAGCGACAGGCUCCACCAACAUUGGCUUCCUUGGAUAGUUUGGAGAGAUACACCCAGCUGAACAGUUACCCUCUUCACAAAACCAACAAACCAGGGAUACUUUCUUUGGAUAUAUAUUACCCUAAGGACAUCAUUGCUACUGGUGGAGUCGACAGUAAUGCUGUUGUCUUUGACCAUCAUUCAGGACAAAUUAUAUCUACUCUAAGUGGUCACUCAAAGAGGGUUACCAGUGUCAAAUUUGCUUGUGAAAGUGAAACGGUGAUUACCGGUUCUGCUGAUAAGACUGUUCGUGUAUGGCAAGGAUCUGAAAAUGGAAGCUAUGCUUGUAGACAUGUUCUGAAGGAUCAUACAGCAGAGGUGCAAUCCGUUACUGUUCAUGCAACAAAUAAUUAUUUUGUGACUGCUUCUCUUGACAACACUUGGUGUUUUUAUGAGCUUGCUUCAGGUGUAUGCCUUGCUCAGAUUGGAGAUCCUUCAGAAGGUGAUGGCUAUACGUCUGCAGCCUUUCAUCCUGAUGGCCUGAUUCUUGGAACUGGCACAACAGGUUCUACUGUGAAGAUAUGGGAUGUAAAGAGUCAGGCAGUAGUUGCACAAUUUGAUGGCCAUGUUGGAGCUGUUAAUGCUCUCUCUUUCUCUGAAAACGGUUAUUUCUUGGCAACUGCAGCUAGAGACGGAGUUAAGCUCUGGGAUUUACGCAAAUUGAGGAAUUUCAGGAACUUCUCUCCUUAUGAUGAAAAUACACCAACCCAAACAGUGGAGUUCGACCACAGUGGAAGUUACCUUGCAUCAGGAGGCUCAGAUAUAAGGGUGUAUCAAACUGCUAGUGUGAAGUCAGAAUGGAACAGCAUUAAAACGCUCCCGGACCUCUCAGGAACUGGUAAAGCCACAUGUCUAAAAUUUGGCCCUGAUGCGAAAUACAUAGCUGUUGGAUCAAUGGAUAGAAACCUCAGAAUAUUUGGUCUGCCCAGUGCGGAAGGUCCAAACGAAGAAGAUUAACUCUUAUUGUCACGAUUCUUCCUUCCAGUUUCAUUAGCUUUGUAUGACAACAUUUCCACCCUGUUUUGUUUUGGUUAAGCAAUUGAAAUAUAAGAGUGGUACUGAAUAGAAUUUUAAGCUUCUGAUAAAUAGUGCUGGAAGUAAAUCUUACCGUGAUACUACUGCGUGUCAUUGUGUUUCUCUAGACACGAUUUUGUAUUUUGGUCUCACAAAAUCAUGUUUGUGGACAUGAAUUUAUGCCAGUUAAACCAUACCAUAUAUAUCUGAAAUCUAAACAGAUCAGAAACAUUGCGGUCUUGGUUGGGUAUUAAAAUCUUACGUGAUCUGAGAUCAAACUGGAC